AUGUAUUUCUCUUUUGUUUUGUUUUCAGGUGAUAACAUGGUUGUGCAUCGUGACAGCGCAACCAACAAUAUUGAAACAGCUUUUAAAUUUACAAAGGAAAAUAUGAAGCGUGUUGAAGCUCUUAUUGCAAGAUACCCACCUGAAUAUAAGUGUGGCGCAUUGAUUCCUAUAUUGGAUCUGGCACAACGGCAGCAUGGAUGGUUACCUAUUUCCGCGAUGCAUGAAGUUGCUCGUAUUAUUGGAGUUGCACGAAUGCGAGUAUAUGAAGUGGCUACCUUUUAUACUAUGUUUAAUCGGAAACCAGUGGGAAAAAAUUUUGUGCAAGUUUGUGGAACAACUCCAUGCAUGCUUAGGGGUGCUGAGUCUAUAAUAGAAGCUGUUAGCAAGAAACUCGGUAUAAAAGUUGGGGAGACGACAGAAGAUGGACUUUUUACGUUAACCGAAGUUGAAUGUCUUGGUGCUUGUGUCAAUGCACCAAUGGCUCAGAUAAAUGAUGAUUACUACGAGGACUUAACUCCGAAGGAUGUAAAUGAUAUACUGGAUGAAUUAAAAGCAGGAAAACGACCGAAACCUGGUCCGAGAAGUGGUCGUUUAGCUGCCGAACCAAUUAAUGGGCUAACAACUCUUACAACGCAGCCGAAACCUCCUGGUUUUGGUUUUCAGUCAGGAAUUUGA